GCCAGCACGCAUGCGCGAGGCAGUGCUGAAAACAUCGCCAUUGAGAGGUGUACGUGUUGUUGUGUGGCGCGAGUUUGACCCAAUAUUACCCUUGUGUCGCGAGUUACCGAGGAUCUUACAGUGCGUUCGUGCGUUGUGAUGUGCUAUGUGCCACUCCCACACCUGCACCCCUCAGUAUAGUGUGCGAGGAUAGCGAAAUAAGAGGAGCACCACAAGAUGAGCACGGGAAGUGGGGAUGCAGCCUCCACCCCUGAAGCCACGACCCUCCCCACCACCAUGAUGGACGCCUCCACCACCAGCCUGCCGCCCCUCACCUCCCCCGGCACCAUGAGUCCCACCAACAUACCCAUCGACGACCUGCCCUUUGUCCAGACCACCGCUGCCCAGGCCAUCGCGGGGGCCUUUGUGUGGGCAGCCCUGCUCAUCACUUGUCAUCAGAUCUACCAACACCUCCGUUACUACAGCAACCCGGCAGAGCAGAGGUGGAUAGUGAGGAUUCUUCUGUUCGUCCCCAUCUACGCCUUCGACUCCUGGCUUUCCCUCCUCUUCUACAACAUGGACAACUACAUCUACUUCAACACCGUCAGAGAUUGCUAUGAAGCGUUUGUGAUCUACAACUUCCUGAGCUUGUGUUACGAGUACCUGGGUGGUGAGGGGAAUAUCAUGAGUGAGAUCAGAGGAAAGCCCAUCAGGUCCUCUUGCAUGUACGGCACCUGCUGUCUGGCGGGGAAGACCUACACCAUUGGCUUUCUGAGGUUUUGCAAGCAGGCGACACUUCAGUUCUGCUUCGUCAAACCCGCCAUGGCGUUCAUUACCAUCAUCCUGCAGUUUCUUGGGAAGUACCGCGAUGGGGACUGGAGUCCUGAAGGCGGCUACCUCUACAUCACCAUCAUCUACAAUAUCUCGGUGUCGCUGGCCCUGUACAGUCUCUUCCUCUUCUACUUUGCCACCCGGGACUUGCUGCAGCCCUAUGAUCCGGUGCUCAAGUUCUUCACCAUUAAGUCCGUCAUCUUCCUCUCCUUCUGGCAAGGUGUGUUACUUGCCAUCCUGGAGAAGGCAAACGUGAUCAAGGCCGACCCACACCUCAAUACUGGCACUGUCUCCGCCGGCUACCAGAACUUCAUUAUCUGUGUGGAGAUGUUCUUCGCCUCGGUGGCCCUGCGCUACGCCUUCCCCUACCAGAUCUAUGGGGACUUCACUGUCUCUGGCCCAGGUCGUAGUGUCACCAUGCAAAGUAUCUCCUCCUCCCUCAAGGAAACCAUGAACCCUAAGGACAUCAUGACAGACGCCAUCCACAACUUCCACCCGCAGUACCAGCAAUACACCCAGUACAGUGCAGGGGGAGGAGGCCGCCCCACACAGGUACUGACGCAGAGCCACGACAUGGAGGAGCUGCGACCUGACCUCCUGCCCGUCUCCACCUCCACCACCACUGCUGGCACCCCUGACCCCACCAGCACUGCCACCACCCACCCUGCACGGGGCCCUGGCGGCGGCAGUGGUGGUGGGGCAGGGACCACUGUGGUGGGGUCAGGCCUCAGUGUCAUCUCGAGUGCUGUUCCCUCAACAACACAGGCCCAGCAGAUUACUAGGCUGCCUCCACCGCCCUCCAAAGGAGGCACCACCAGAGGCUCAGGACACACCGCAGUGAGCACAUACGAUGCAGAUGAGGCGCCCCGCUCAAACAGCAGCAACGGGAUUAACGGCAUGAGUGGCAGCCACGGGAACAGUGGUGGCGGCACAGGAGGGGGCGGAAGGGGACCACAGAACGGAGGGCGGAAUGGAAAUGGACGGGUUGCUUAUAAUGAGAAGACGAUGCUGUUGAGUUCUGAUGAUGAGUUCCAGUGAGGUGGUGAGGGUUGAAUGUCAUCCGAACCUCAAAGGUACAGCUGACACGAAGCAGUCUCCUCCACACACGGCAGGAAGGAAGGAAGGAAGGGAGGAAGCCAGGCACCAAACACCAACUCAGACCUUUAGUUCACUUGUCCUGCAGAACCGGGGAAAAACGUCUUUCGUUAAUGUGGGAUCACACUUUAGCAGGAGAGCUGGUGGGAUGGGGGGGUGUUUGGCCAGAUGUCACACUGGUGCUUCAAGCUGCCUAGGAAACUGUUCUGUACAUUCUUUUUUGGGUGCAUCAUAGCCCUUUGUGUUUCUCCACCUCCCUUAAUUCCAUCAUCAUUAUUGCAUCAUUGUCCUUCCUCCUGUUCCUCCUCCUGUUUUCCUUGUCACAAAUGGAGCGUUCAUGACUUGAGUUUCAUGUUUUAUUUAUUGGAAGUCUGCUAUGAGUCUGUUUUUCUUUUAAUAUAGCAGGUGGCGAGAAUGACUGACUGAAUGAGUGUGUGUGUUGUCAUGUCAUUUCAUCUUGUCUGUGUCCAUCUCCCUGAUUCUUCCAAACGUGAUGCUGUGUCGUGCAAGUCAAGUCAGAAACAUUACUGUGGACUUGACAUUAUGAUACCCUGGAAGAACUGAGGCAUUCCUAACUGUACAGCCUUGUGAGCAU